AGAUGUGAUGGUAGUUGGAGAUGCAUUGGCAGCAGCAAGAGUGACAUCGAUCUUGGACGCGGCAAAGUCAGCCACUUGGGCUAAUGGCUCGACAUCUGCAGCAGCAGGUGGGUCGGCAAGUUCACCUUUGACAGUGGCAGAAAGAGUAUCAGCAGAAGAAACUAGCGGAAAGUUGUCUGUGUCAUUGUCAGGGCUGAUCACAGUAGCAGCAGCAUCGGACUGCUUGAUGCCAUCAUUCUCCAGCCCAGCAUCAGCAGUGCAAGCAGCAGCAUUGCUGGCACUCGCGUCUAUUUGCGCGACAGAAUUCUUCAUCUUUUUGUCGAGGGAGUCGAGUGACUGCGCGGCCACUGGAUGGAUGUGCGAGAAGCGACUCUUGUGGUUCUGGCUAGUCUGACUGUUGAUAUGAACAAACACUAUCAACUGCUGAUUGUGGUUUGUGGACAGUGAGUUUCAGGAACUGUAGUGACCUAUUUCCCCUUUGCUUUGUUGUUGCUAUUGUUCUCACUGGAACGGCGGCGGUUGUUAAUGCUGCUCCCGUGUAGUAGUAGUCGGAACUAGUCCGUGUAGUAGCUGUAGUGAUUGGGUCAAGCCAGCGAUUACAGCAGCAAUUGGUAGAUGACUAGUAUUUCUAGUAGCUGGAAUCAACAAUCCGUAGUAAUAGUCAAGUGUGGGCGUGUCCGUUGCCUCUUGUUACUGUUAGCAGCGUGGGAGUUUUGAGG